AACCCGGUCUCUCCAUCAGGAAACCCGGCGAAUAACCUUGAAUCUGGUCAGCUCAACACAGGAAAAACCUGCCGACUACCUGCAUCUCGUUUCAUCAUGUUGUCCAUGUCCGAUAUCGUGUCAGGAGACAGCUACGAGGAAUGUCGCGCCACCGCUGAUUGGCUGCUGUCCAGCACACAGGUACGGCCCACUGUGGGAAUUGUGUGCGGCUCUGGCAUGGGGGGGCUCGCUGACAUGCUCAAGGACCCUCAGGUCAUCAAAUACAGCGACAUUCCCAACUUUCCACGGAGCACAGUGCAUGGUCACGCAGGGCGGCUGGUGUUCGGAACACUAAAAGGGAAGCCGUGUGUUUGCAUGCAGGGCAGGUUCCACCUGUAUGAGGGCUACCCGGUGCAGAAGAUCACAUUGCCAAUGCGCGUCUUCAAGCUGAUGGGUGUAGAGACGAUGAUCCUGACCAACGCUGCCGGAGGCCUCAACCAGGACUACAAGGUGGGGGACGUCAUGAUCAUCAAGGACCACAUCAACAUGCCGGGAUUUGCUGGCGUCAACCCGCUGAAUGGGCCCAAUGACGAGAGGUUUGGCACCCGUUUUCCCUGCAUGUCUGACGCCUACGACCGCGAGCUGCGGCAGCUGGCACAGGAAGUGGCUUCGGAGCUGGGCUACAAUGACUUCCUGAGGGAGGGAGUGUACGUCGUCCUCGGAGGGCCGACCUUUGAGACCAUCGCCGAGUGUCGCAUGCUGCACACGCUGGGGGCGGAUGCUGUUGGGAUGAGCACAGUCCACGAGGUCAUCGUUGCCCGCCACGCCGGCAUGCGCUGCUUCGCCAUGUCGCUGAUCAGCAACCGCUCGGUGAUGGACUACGACAGCCAGGAGAAGGCCAACCACGAAGAAGUCCUGGAGACGGGCAGGCUGAGGGCCGAGCAGCUGCAGAAGCUGGUGUCCAACAUGGUGGCUCGGCUGGAGCACAACAACAACUCGUACUGAACGUGUGACUAACACACCUGUACCCGCUCUCAGGUCAGCUGGACUACCUGCUGCUCAAACACCUACCUGCUCGCUAGGAUGCUUUAAAAAAGACACUGGAGUUUUCCAGUUCCACUGACUGUUGCUUUGAGUCUUAAAUUCCUGAAAACUGGUCCUAUUUUUAUACACUCCUAUCAGCAUGUUUACAUUUUCCUUUUUUGUACUUACAAAAGAUUCUAAUUUAGAGACGCACGAUAGUCAGCUGUAAAGAGCAUCAUAUUUUAACUUCUAAUUUAAGAGCUUUUAACUUAAUAAAUAAAAAUAUUUAUUAUUUCAGUUCUUUUUGCAUUCCCUGAUAUCCAUCAACUACCAACAUAAAAAACAGAAAUAUUCCUAUUUAAUCAUUUAACCAUCUUCCAACCUGUCUGAGGGAUCAUGAGUUUAAUAUUUCUUUUAGGGUUUAAAAUGUACUUUAAUAUUUAUACUGAAUGUAUUUAAGUCGUGUGUUUUUUUUAUGCCUGAUAAUAUUGAGUGUUUUGAAGGACCGACUUGAAGAAAGGGAUGAUAUCCUGCAUGAGAUUACUGAAGGAAGGCAGAUUGAAGUUUAAAAUCUCCUUCGUUGUCCGAUCACUGUGUCAGCAGACUCCGGCUGUCUCUGCUUUACGAGGUACUUUACUAACAACUGUACCAACUGGAGAUCUACUUUUGCAAUAAAAAUGAGUCAGCAUGAAAACAA